ACUAUAACUAGCAAAAACUACAAACUCUCUUCUCUACCAACCAUUUUCCACUUUUGUCAUAUUACGAGUUGGGUGUCGCAUAAAAUUUGUCUCUUAUGCCAUACAAGACAUAAAAUUUCUAGCGACAAAUCCAAGGACUUCUGGUUUACAGGGAUGGGUUCUUUUCGUACAGACUACUUUUUCUGCAUAUUGGCAUUGGUAUCGACAAUUGCUCCUUACAAUUCAUGGGCUGUAGAUACUGAAUCCCUAACUCGAGAGCUUCUUGAAUCGGCGAGGCAGCCGGAGUUCUAUGAUUGGUUGAAAAGGGUAAGGAGGAGAAUUCACGAGUACCCAGAAUUGGCAUUUCAAGAACACCGAACGAGUCAACUAAUCCGAGAUGAGCUGGACGCACUCGGGAUCAAGUACCUGUCCCCAGUCGCUAAAACUGGUUUGGUUGGAACCGUUGGGUCAGGUGGUCAACCAUGGUUCGGUUUGAGAGCUGACAUGGAUGCUCUCCCUAUUCAGGAAUUGGUAGAUUGGGAGUAUAAAAGCAAGAUCGAUGGCAAAAUGCAUGCAUGUGGCCAUGAUGCUCAUGUUACCAUGCUGCUUGGAGCAGCUAGAUUGCUUCAAAAUAGAAGGGACAAGUUGAAGGGCACGGUUAAGCUUGUAUUCCAACCUGGGGAAGAAGGCUAUGCUGGCGCCUCCUAUAUGUUAGAAGAAGGAGCAUUAGAUGGGGUUCAAGCAAUAUUUGGCAUGCAUGUCUGGCCAUAUAUGCCCACUGGUACUAUUGGUUCGAGACCUGGUCCAAUUAUGGCUGGUGCAGGAAGGUUUACAGCAAUAAUGCAAGGGAGAGGCGGACAUGCAGCAAUGCCACAUACAACUAGAGAUCCAAUUCUUGCUGUUUCUAUGGCAGUUCUUGCACUCCAGCAACUUGUUUCUCGAGAAACUGAUCCUCUAGAGUCUAGGGUUGUCUCUGUUGCAUUUGUAGAUGGUGGUCAAGCUGGAAAUGUAAUCCCUGCGAGUGUAAAGUUUGGUGGAACGUUCCGGUUCUUGACAUUUGAGGAUUACUCCUAUCUUAAGCAAAGGAUCAAAGAGGUCAUUGAGACACAAGCAAGUGUACAUCGAUGUUCUGCCACUAUUGAUUUUUCCGAAGAAUUAAUGAGGCCGUAUCCACCAACUAUAAAUGAUCUCAUGAUCUAUGAGCAUGCUAAAAAGGUUGGAAAAGUCUUGCUUGGUGAGCAAAACGUGCACUAUGCUCCAAUUACAAUGGGUGCAGAGGACUUCAGCUUCUAUUCCCAGAAGAUGUCAGCUGCAUUUUUUAACAUUGGGGCACAAAACAAAACGGCCACGUCUGCUGUUAAAGGUUUGCACUCCCCCUACUUCACUAUUGAUGAAGAUGUUCUUCCAAUAGGAGCAGCUCUCCAUGCUGCUGUUGCCAUCUCUUACUUUGAUACACAUGUUCAGACAGUAGAAUAACAUGUUGGAGUUGAAGAAUCAUCUCGUUUGUAAAUGAAAAAUAUAGUGAUUUGACUUCUUUGUUAGUGAAAAAGCCUACACGCCUGGUAUCUUAUCUUACCUAUUUAUAUUUCCAAAAAAAUUUAGUUAA